AUAUGACAAAUGACAUAUAAAAUAACAUAACCUAAACGUCACAACAAAAGCAAACAUGUCUUUUUCCGUAACAAACAAGCUUUUUCCGUCAAACCACAAAACUGUCUUCGUUUUGGACCACACUCCCUACUUCGGGAUAUCAUGUGAGAGCCCCAUCGAACUAGAGUUCCUUAAAGCCCGAGCUCCCGGUUUUAUCCCUAUGACGCCCAUUUGUAAGUCGCUGUGGACGUCGAGUGUGGAGUCGGCGAUUGAGUACUGCAGAAUCGUCUGGGACCUCUUCCCCCAAGGAAAACUAGUUAGGUUCAUUGCAAGUGACACUGUUGCACAUAUUUUGAACACAUGGAGCCCCUCACAACAAAAUUUGAGUCACAUAAUGAAUGCGAUGUCGUUGAUUGGGGUUCCGCCCCCUCAUGCCAUCAAUCGAAAUUUGGAAUACACGGUUUUGCAUGGGUUGAGAGCUGCUAUCGAGGCGUUGAGUGACUGUACUGAGAUACAAGGGAAGAAAAUGAAGAGUCAGUCGUUCGGUGAUGUUCAAACUAAAUUGGUGAAUAGGUGUCGCGUGAUUUGUAUAACUUCAGCUAGAGAUAAUGAUAGCAUGAAGCGUCUGGAGGAGAUUUUUUUGAGUGUUUUGCAACAACAAAAUAAAGUGGCUACGGGUUCAGACAGAUUGUUAACCAUUGACCAUUGCCACCUCGUCAUCAUCAACACGUUCCCCGUAAACAUCGAGUCCCAAGUCAACAACCACUCGCCUAAGAACUUGUCGCCUAUUCUUACCACCGAAGUCCACUCAAUCAAAGCCCCCCUAAUCUCCAACAAGCUCUCCACCCUCAUCCUCGAGCACUACAACCUCGGCAGCACCACCGUCACCGGCAUCCCCAUGAAGGAGGAGCAGAACGCCAGCUCCUCCGCCAACUACGACGUCGAGAUCUACCACUCGAGCGACGCCCACACGGCCAUCCUCAAGGGGAACGCGCUCGACUCCUCCGCCAUCCGCACCGUCAAGGACGGGCUCGAGUACGAGACCGUGACCUUGAAGUGGUGCACUCCGCGCGGAUGCACCGGGUCUGAGCUGCAGAACUGCACGGCGAUGCACCGCAUCACGCCGGUGGACGUGAAUUCGCGGCCGUCGCUGUGUCUGAUCAACUUCCUGCUGAACGGGCGGAGCGUGAUGCUGGAGAUGCCGCGCAAGGCCGGGGGGAAGAUCACGAGUCAUUUGUUGGCGUCGCACGGGGGCGAGAUUUUCAUACACACGCUGUGCACGGCGCGGUCGGUGCUGGAGGACCCGCCGAGCAUCUCGGAGGGGUGCGGCGGGCGGGUGACGGAUUAUAGGAUCACGGAUUUUGGGGUGCUGAUCAAGCAGAACACGCUGGUGCCGAUCAAGACGGCGUUCGUGGAGGAGGGGAAUCGGCCGAUGCAGAAGAUGAAGACGAGGUUGAAUAGGCACACGAAGUACUGGCCGCUGACGAUCAGUUCGACGCUGAUUUUUAACCUGAAGGGGUACAUCGACCCGCUUCCGUCCAUCAUCACAAAGGAAAAAAUCACCGAAGACGAAGUGUUCCAGUGUAGGCGCAUAAUCUACAACCUCAUCGCCCUCGAGAGUAAAAACGAGUCGCUCUACCCCUUAAAUACGGGUCAGAGGGUAAAGGGUCAGAAACGGGAAGACCAGUACAAAGCAAUGUGGAACGAACUGGAAACCCUAUUAAAGAAAAACCUGCACACCGCUGACCAUAGAAACAUCUAUAAUUGCCUCCUGGAGUGUCACAAAUUCAAUUUCGACGAAGAAAAAUUAUCGGAGAAAGUGGAGUUAGACGAGGCGCUGAGGGAACUAGACCACAUCGGGCCGUCGAAGUCGGAACCGGACGCCCCCAGGGCGUCAGUCAUCCGCGCCACCACCGACUCGCCCAUGUCGCCGCCCCCGCUGACCAGCAUUAACCCGCCGACGACCAAGUCCUCGACGAGUCGAUCCACGGGGAUUUACUCGGCGCCGAGGACGCUGCUGGACAUGUUCACCUCGCAGGAGAAGGUGAAGUCGAGGCCGGAGUUCACCGGACGGUCGACGGGCGGCAGCGUUGCCAAGUUGUACGCCAAUCACAAAUAUGCGGAUUCCGGGUCGCGAGGGGAGAGUAUGGAAGUUGAAUGAGUCGUUGAUACGUGAAUAAAUUUUGUAAAUAUGUAA